AACACAAACUUAAAUCGGUCAAAACAUAUGCUAAUCAAGCAACCUUACCAAAAUUAUAGUGAACAAAAUUCCUUCCCUGUAAAAUUAUUAUUUAAAAACAGGACAAACAAGACCGUGGACCUCAUGCUAAAAAAAUUAAAAUGAGAGGAUCCAGCGGGCCUUUUCCGUCAACGUCCAGAGACUCAGGCAGACGCUCAGCCAGAAAACUGGAAUACAAAGAGUGGAAGGUUUUGAGGUGGGAAGACCCGAAGAGAUACCACAAAUAUUACCAUUACAAGUCGGGCUCCUAUUACAGAAAAAAGAAACUGAGGUUCUUGUUCGAAACGACCCUCAAGCCCUUAUUUUACUCUUUGAUUUUGCUCCCAUUUUAUAAGAACAAGCAUCACAUGCGUUGUUUGACUUGUCUCAAACUUGUUAUGGAAGAUAAUGACAGGAAGCAACAUGAGUCUACAGAAAAGGCCCAGAUAGAGGUCAACGUCUCUAAAUACCCGAAUGGCGACACGCUACAAAGGGAACGGCGCUACCAUGCCAGACGAAAUAAAGCUCUGGCAGUGACUUCGCCGACCGUACUCUCUCCUGAGAAUACGCAGUCGCCGGACUUGGAACUGCUCAGUAGGAGGUUUGUAGCCGAUCAUGGCGACACGUUUUCGACUUUGCCUGUACAAAUGAAGCUCAAAACCUUCGGAGAGCGGUUUACAAAGAACUCAUGCGUCCAGACGUCACCGGUCUCUAGUCACAAAAGUGAAAAUCCGUGCGACCAGGAAGAUGGCGAGAAAUUUCAGGAGAUUCAGAAAGUCAAGGCCGAAGUUAAACAAUUGUCCACUAUGUACGUCAAGCUACCACCGGAGGACUGCUGUGACACCGCUUGCCAGCCGUCGGCGAUCACGAAAGAAAAGAGCACCAUCGACAUGGAGCCGAAGGAUCACGAAUUGGAAAAAUUGAACAACAACAAAGAAGAAAAGGAUGAGAAAGAAGACUAUCCCUGCAUCGUCGACUGUCUCUACUAUUCGAUGCAGUGUUGCGACUGCAGCAUUAUAUGAUUCACUUUUAUUCUUAAA